CACUUCAUGACACUAGCACUAUGUUUAGGAGCAUCUUGUUUCUUGGUUUCCUUAUUUUCGCGAUAUUUUGUGAUGAGAACUUUAAUUUGGACAAUGUUUUAAAAAUACCCAGUGAUGAGGGAAGUUAUUUUGGAUACUCUUUAUUUCUGCAAAAUAUGGGAUAUAAAAACAGACUAAUUGUUGGAGCCCCUUUGAGUAAUAAAUUUGUAUUUGAAUGCGAUCCAUUGGGACUAAAUGCGAAAUGCUCUAAAGAAGAAUUAUUAGAUGAUUCGGUCAUAAAAUUUAACAAAGCGGCAAACACCACUAAUUUCUUUGGUUCUGUUAUUGAUGGUGAAGUCCAUGGUAGUACAGUGGUGACCUGCGCUCCAAGACACGUGGCCAGCAGUUUUCAUACUAGAGGAAUUUGUGUUGUUUACAAUACUAUUGGAGGAAAACAAUAUUUGACAUUCGAAGAUGAUCGGGCCAUUUUAUCGCAGCAUGGCAAAUCCUACUAUGCUGGAGCUUUUUCUCAAGCAGGGUUUUCAUUAAACUAUAUGAAGGGCGAAGAUUUAUUAGUAGGGAUGCCAGGUUUUGACAAUAAUUUGGGUAAAAUUCGCAUUCUCAAUUUAAAUACCUUUUCAACAUACGAAAGGAAAAAUCAUUUAUCACCAUUAGAAAAUUCAGAUUUUUAUUUGGGCUAUUCCAUAUCUUCCGGUUAUUUUGCAAAUGGUGAACGAUGGUAUAUAGCCGGUCAACCAAGGGGGAAUUUUUUGAACGGACAAGUCGUAAUAUUCAGAGAUAACAUUAUAAACUAUCUAAAAAGCGACGAGUUUGGAUCAUAUUUUGGAGCUUCUUUGUUGGUAGACGAUGUUACAAAUGAUCAACUAGAUGAUCUUUUUGUUGGAGCGCCAUCAAGUUCCAUGGAAAAUAACUAUGACCAGGGACAUGUUUCUUUCUACAAGUUUGAUUUGGUUAAUAAUUUUUUUUACGCGCCAAUUAAACUUUACGGUGAUGGGAAGUCUGGAUCCAAAUUUGGCACGACCAUGGCCAAGCUAGGUGAUAUAGAUUUGGAUGGUUAUAAUGAUAUUGCUAUUGCUGCACCUUUUGAAGAUAAUAGCGGUGCUGUUUAUAUUUUUAAAGGGUCGAAAGAAGGACCUAAGAAAAGCCAAAAAUUGACACCCAAACUAUUUAAGGCUUUCAACACCAGAGGAUUCGGCUUAGGGUUGUCAAAUGGACUUGAUAUUGAUAACAAUGGACAUAAUGAUUUUGCUAUUGGUGCCUUUAAGUCCGGCGAAGUUUUUGUAAUAAGAAGUAAAUCUGCAAUAGACUUAAAAGCAAGUCUAGAUGUCGAUAUUACAACAAUACAUGAGCAAACCAAAAGUCUUACAGCUACAUAUUGUUUUAUGUAUUCCCAAAGAACAGCAAGGGCUCCUGUAAAAAAUAUAUCUUUGGUUGCCACUUUAUCAGUUGACUAUAGAGCUGGAACAAAUACAUCUUUUCAAAGAUAUAUUUUAAUACCGACUCAAAAUGAUACAAAAUGCUUUAAGACCCUUCUUAACAUAAAUUUACGAUAUAAUACAGAUUUGAGUCCUUUUAAACUAUCUCUUAAGGCUGAUGUAAAAACUCCAAAUCUUAUAAUAUCAAAGAAUUAUGAAAUUUUGGAAAAAUUCAUUCCAUUAUCAGAUAAUUGUGGCGAUGAUAAUGUUUGCAAAUCUCUUUUAUCCAUUGACGUAGAAUCGAAUUUGCAAGAAAUUAUUUUAGGUAAAGACAACAUUUUGGAGACAAAUAUUCUUGUGAAAAGUUCCAAGGAGCCGGCUUUAAAAUGUGAAAUAAUUAUUGAAAAGAGUCAAUCAAUCGAAUUAAGAAAUGUUAAGGAGUGCAGUCAAACCCAUAAAGACAUUGUUUGUCCUGUUUCCAAUGCCUUUGUAGGCGAAAAAAAAUUGACAGUGCGGUUUGAUUUAAAAAAUAUCCAACCAUCCUUAAAAUAUAUCAACAUCAAUUUUAAAGUUAGAACUUUAUCAGGUGCUCUACCAGAUAGUCUUCUAAAAUAUCCCCUUAACAUUCCAAUAAAGCUCGUAAACAGUCCUUACCUUCAAGGAAAAUCUGAUCCUGAAGACAUCGAGCUUGGUGAAGAGAUCAAUUCAAUUUCAUUUACUCAAGUUUACACUGUGGUAAAUUCUGGACCAAGUCCCAUGAAAGUCGACGUCAAAAUUUUUUCCCCCGUUAUUGAAAACAUCAUCUCAAUAACUCGCACUCGAAUAGCUACCAAAGAUGAAGCCACCGAGUGUAUUAUCGGUCGAAAAGACAUCGCGGCAAAUUUAAAAAUGGAGGAUAAAAGUCUCGCAACUUUCAAGGUGCCUGAAAACAAAUCAAUCAGUUUAAAUUGUUUUGAAGGAACAUGUACUGAAAUUACUUGCAAUCAAGGGUAUUUGUUUGUUUCAGAGUUAACUGAGAUUAGUAUAAGCUACGAAGUAGAUGUCAAGGCAUUAGAGUCCAAAUUCAAGACAGAGUUUCUAACUAAAGAAGUUAUUAUGUUUUUGUCGACUGCCAAAAUACAAAACAUUACAAGCCAUUCCGCUACUUUAAUAUAUGGGAAAACAAACAAAUCCUUACCAAUUUGGAUAUACAUUGUUGCUGUGUUGGUUGGGAUAAUAUUACUAACUGUUUUAAUUUUUGUUUUAUAUAAGUGUAAAUUUUUCAAUAGAAGAUACCAAGAAAAAUUAAAAGAAGAAAAACUUUUGGAAGAUGAAAACCCUGCUAAUAGCAAUGUUGUGAUGUCAGAUUUAGAAGAUAAUUAAGAUUUAUUUUUAAUAAAACUUAAGUUUAAUACAUUUUUUUAUUUAAAAUAGUUACAACACUUUAAAAAAAUUGGUAGUAAUACUGCAAUACAUACGUAAUAUUUAUUAAUAAGCAAAGGGGUUUUCAAUAAAAGUCUUAUUGAGCAAGUUCUACAAAGUUAAAAGUAAAAAAUCAAUCAAUCAUACCAGUAAGCAUUAACGAUUAAUUAAAAUGUUGUGUGAUCUGCUCUUUUAAAGUUUUUGUCUAUUUGUAUAAAAUAAGUCACGCGAGGCCGUCAGGCCGAGUGGUAUAAAUUCUCAAGUGACUUAGGAAACAUAACACACGAGUGGUAUACAAUGUUUUAUCCAACAAGUUAAAGAAAUCGUUUUAUAUGAGAUAAUAAUUAAUAAGCUUUGUGAUCAAAUCAAAGCUACUUGCGUCUCAGUACCCUAUAAAUGUCGGAAAGACUUGACAUUGACUUUUUUACAUUUUGGUCAAAGUAGGUUGUUUGUUUGGUUGCCACGGGCAUGAUACAUUGUUAGCAAAUGUUUAAAUAAAUUUUGAUACUUGUCAGUUUUCCCUGCAGAAAAACGUAUAGAAAAUGGAGGAAACCGAUGAAAAUUACAUUCCUGAGGAUAUCCUUACGGAAGCGGAAGAAGCAGCGAUGCAGAUUUUGCCAGAAAAGUCCCGAGAUGCUUACGACAAGGAGAUCAAAAUGUUUGAGUCUUGGAUGAAUUCACGGAAGAUAAAAGGUAUUUGCAAAAAAAAUUAGCCCCAUCGUCGCUAUGGACCAAAUACCGACAUUUCAAAACAUGGCAAACUAACGAGCUUUUUGAAAAGUAAAUCACAGGGAUGCAAACCAAAGAAGUCCAAGACAUCAGAACGACCUGAAAUAGAGAAGUUUUUGAACGAAGCUCCCGACGACGAGUACCUGUUGAUGAAAGUGGCUUUGAUAAUGGGGAUUAGCGUGCUUGUAGAUGCGAUGAAUUGGUCAAUUUGAAAAUAGAAAAUAUUCAUGACAAAGGGAAAUAUUUUCACGUAGUUUUGCCAGACACUAAAACCAAGAAAUUGAGAAGUUUCACCAUACUUGAAGAAGGAUUUCCAGUUUUUUACAAAAAUGGGAGGGGAACCAGCCAGUGUGUGGGAAGAUACCUUCAAGAAUUGCAAUGUUGAAACUGAAAGGGACCAGCGCUCUACACCGGUCACUGCCUGAGAAGGUCUUCGGCGACUCUUUUGGCCAAUGCAGGGGCUAACAUGACUACUUUGAAGCGUCGCGGAGGAUGGAAGUCCUCGACGGUAGCAGAAGGAUACCAGAAGAAUCGGUGCAUAACAAAAUACAAAUUGCAGAAAAAAUGCAAGGUUCUAAUGCGUCGGCGUCUUCCAGCACUAUCAGCAGCUGUACCGAUGUGAAUUCUGCUUGUAAUAGUAAUAAAUAUAAUUUAUAGAGUUCUAUUGAAAACCCAUUUACUUGGAAUUAAAAUCUUUGUGUUCUUAAAAUUAUUUUAUUAGAUUGGCAAACUUGUAUUGGAAUUGAUAUUGGACAAGCUGGCUGUGUUAAUCGUACUCUUGCUCUUCCUCAGUUUCAUUUUCUCCUUGAUCUGUUGGUACCUGUUGGACUCUUUGUGAACGGGAGCACAUUCUGAAGGGGCGCAAAAACUUUUCGUUUUCUCGAUCUGCACUAUCGAGUACAAAUCGUAUCCGUUGGGGUUGUUUAUGACGGGGCUGGUGAGGAUGGCGCUUGGAGCCCUGCAAAGCGUGGAGUCCGAUUGGUUGUCUUCAGGGGUGUCCAGGUAAAAUUUGGGCAUCGAUUGUUGCCGGAUGAUGGGCACUUCCUUGGGGAUCGCGUCGAUUUUCAGGUAGAGGCUCUUGGACAUCCUCCUUUCGCGCAGGGAUUUCUUGCGGGUCGGUUGCUCCAAGCCGUUGGGGUCGAGCAAGGAGGGUUUUUGGUUGACCUCCGGGGUGCUCACUGCUUU